GGGAAGAGGGAGAGCAGUGUGCGCAGGCUGCGGGGAAGCCACCCCGGGAGACGCGCACCCACCCAGCCACCCGCGAAGUACCGGAGGUGGCGUGACCGGGGCGGGCCGGCGCCGAGAUCCGCCUCCCCGGGCAGGGGGAGAGCGGGCGGCCCGCUCGGGCCUUGCGUGCUGCGGGCCUGGCCGCAGCGGGAGGAAAGGCCGAUGGAGGAGGAGGAGGCGGCGGGAGACGGGGCCACGGCGGCGGGCGGCAUCGCCCUGCACGACUUCAGCGGGCGGCUGGGCGAGCAGCGGGUGCAUUUCCACGCCAUGAGGCUGCAGGAUUCGCUGUUCCUCUGGGUGGGAGCCGCGCCCGCCCUCGCCAGCCUGGCCGUCGCCAUGUGCAGUCCCCGGGACAGCAUCCCGGUGGCCGCCUCGCUGCUGGGGGACCCGUCCGACACCGCCUCCGCCUCUCUCGCCCGACGCUUGGCCAGCAAGACCAAAAAACAGAUCUUUGUCAGCUACAAUCUUCAGAACACAGACAGCAGUUUCACCUUGCUCAUAGAGAACAGGAUCAAAGAAGAGAUGAUGGCUUUCCCAGAGAAGUUUUGACUUUGCCCUGCUGUGAAACAGCCUGAAGUUUUUGUUUUAGAAAAACUGGUUGCAAGUUUCACUCUGAUGGCAAGUUGUUAUGUUUGGGUUGUACUAUUUUGACUGAAUUUGCAAUUAUUAAAUAUAGGUGGAUGGAAAUAGAGCUGGACCAGAAAUUGAUUAUUCCCUCCCCCUCCGAUUUCCUGCCUUAAGUAGGGAUUGAGUAGAGUAGAAAAUAGGCUGCAGUGUGUGAACAUCAUUGUAAAAGUGCCUGGAUUCCAUUCAGUACUGGGAUUUGCUAGGAAAUGAUUCCAAAUUCUAGCUGUACAGUUGAUCAGCCAUGGACUAGGACUGAACAUAGCAUGCCAGCUUUUAGUGGCCUAGUAAAGGGUCCUCACACUUUGGCACUGUAAAGCCAUGACAUACAGCAAAUAUUAGUUUGCUCCUUUCAGCCCUGCUGGUUGUAGCAGUAGAGUUAAACUGGGUUUCCUUCUGUGUCUGGAGCACUGGGAACACCAAAAGAGCCUAAUGAAGAGUUAAUCUGUACGUCCCCAAGAAGGAAGAAAACACACCUGGAAUUGUGGAGCAAUAGGUAAAUCUGCUGGCUUACUGGAAGAGCAUUGUAUGUGCAAACUAAGCAGAUUCCUAGAAUCAGCCUUGUUGGAAGAGACCUCCAAGAUCAGCCACUCCAACCUAGCACCCAGCCCUAGCCACUCAACCAGACCAUGGCACUAAGUGCCUCAGCCAGGAUUUUCUUGAACACCUCCAGGGACGGUGACUCCACCACCUCCCUGGGCAGCCCAUUCCAAUGCCAAUCACUCUCUCUGAGAAGAACUUUCUCCUAACAUCCAGCCUAUAAUUCCCCCAGCACAACUUGAGACUUUGUCCCCUUGUUCUGUUGCUGGUUGUCUGGGAGAAGAGACCAACCCCCACCUGGCUACAACCUUCCUUCAGGUAGUUGUAGACAGCAAUGAGCUCUGCCCUGAGCCUCCUCUUCUGCAGGCUGCACACCCCCAGCUGCCUCAGUCUCUCCUCAUAGGGUUUGUGUUCCAGGCCUUUCACCAGCUUUGUCACCCUUCUCUGGACACGUUCCAGCACCUCAACAAAAUUCAUUAGAGAAGUCAGAGCAAUCACCACUGCCACAAAGCAACCUGCUGCUCUCUGGACCUGUGUUUAGGUAGAGUGGAUUUUUGUUCAAAAGCAGACCCAGAGGCUGUUGUGUUCAAUGAGAAGUGCAGGGAACAGGAAACUCGACUACAACCCCUAAAGCAGCUGUGGAGGCAACAGCACGGUGGGCAUUGGCAGAUGCCAAUACAGGCUGUGGCACGCUAUGGCACUUUGGAGGCACCCCAGGAGUUGCAGGUUCUCUCCGUUGCAAGUUGAGCCCUGAUUCAGCCGUAAGCUUCUGACACAAAACUGGUGCUGCUGCUCUGAAGAAAUUACAGACAAAACACAGUGAACUUACCCUGCUGUGGUGCCAAAAUCAGCUACUGGAAACUCUGAGAAGUUGAUAUAGAAGGUACAGCUCCUGACAAGUCGCAUCUGAAGGCUUAGAUGUUGCAGGUUUGAUGUGGGUGUAGAGGGCCCUUCUUUACCUGGUGGGAUCAGGUCCUUGGCUGCAGUUCAGCGUCAGAGCAGCAAAAGCAACUGCUGGAGAGUGUUUUCUUUUUAAUUUAUACCACCCAGUCAACUGUUCUGUGAUUGACUGUAAAGGAUAAUUAGCUACCAAUCAAUGUGCUGAUUUAGUUUGCCUGACUUACAGGCAGCUCAUGCCGUUUGGAAAGGAAGGUAGGGCUGUUUGAUGAGGUGUCAACAACCCGGGACAAUGAGCUGCAGCUGGGCUGUUCCAGAGCCACUGUAAGAGAGCCAGACCACAAGGAGAGCAAACCGAUGGGACAAUGUCAUUUUAUUCUGUACAUUUACAUACAAAGUUCUUCUCAGUAGGUACAACAGAUGUAACAUCAUGCAGACAUUUAGCUUGUAAGACUUGUUUUCAGUACUUGAUUUAAGCUUGUGCUAUGAGGAAGCACCACCAGACUAUUAUUCAUGGUCAGAAACAUACAGUAACACGAUUCUUUAGAACUUCAUCAGAAACUGAAACGGGGAGGGAGGUCUCAUCCACUGGACAGAACACACUGCACUCCUUUCCCCAGACGCUUUACACAACACAUUUAAAAUGAGGUUUGUCAUUUUGCUUUGAAAAAAAAAAACAAAAAGGAAGAAAUAA